GGUUUACAUAGGAGGAGUGGAUAAGAGAAGUUAGUUCUAUCUAAGUUGUGUGAGAAGAGAAGAGAAAGAAUGGACAAGUAUUUCAGUUCAGCAUACCGUGGUGACCCAGGCGUACCCCAUGCUGAUCCACACCGUUUCGUCAACAUAUGGUUCGGUUGCCUUGCCUUCACUGCUUCCAACUGUAUCAAUCCCUACUACUGGCACAUCGGUUCCUCCUCCUUCAACUGGCAUGACAGGGUAAUGCUUUUUGAGCAAUAUCACUGGAAAAAGGCAAUGAGGAAGAAUCAGCGAUAUGAGUUCAAUUGGAACAAGACUUGGGACAGAGCCCACCGAGAUUCAUACUACUUCAACUGGCCUAUUUACUUCACUUAGGUCUUUUUUUUAUUAUUUAUUUUCGCCCCCUGCUGUCAUUGUAUUAUUGUUACUUUGGUUGCAAACUUGGAGAAAAUUGAUGUCCCCCCAGCCCUUUCUUCGUUUUACUCUCGGAUAUAUCAUGUUGAACGCGAGUUUAGACAAUUACAAUGUUUUUCUUGUUCUCUAUCCAGUGUCCUCAUGAUGCUAUUGGAUUACUGAUAUGUUGUGUGUAAGAAGUACAAAGCUUUUAGAUGAAGUAAUGACUAAAACAGCAGGGUAUGCUUUGACUUGUAUGUUACCUCUUAAGGAGUGGAAGGUUGAGAUGCUGUUACUACCUAGGAGCUAGUUUUUGUCAUUACCUCACAACAUAAUCAUAACCAUAUAUGCUAUCUGUAUAACGGCUGAAUCUGGUUUAGGGGGAAUUAUAUGCUAGAUUGUUUUAAACUUUUUACAUGUGUAUUUUAACAUUGUUUUUGUUCUGCUUUCUAA